AUGACCAAGAUCGAGCGAUCAAGUGUGCAACCUGUGACCAGAAGUUUAGCCGACGGCAGUGGAGCGCUGGGCUUAGACCUUAAGCCUUGUUUGACCCCUGCUGAUGCCGACCUACUUGACAGGCUUGUCCAGAGUUGCAAGAAAUUGGGCAUGAUGUACUAUCCGAACAUGCUUGCGCAAUAUUACCAGAGCGAUCUUCCAGCAUAUGUUUGCUUAAGCAUUGAGGAAGUGAAACGGUUUAACAUAACAUUAUACAGAGUUUGCAAGAUGUGCAGCAAGCAGGAAAGUUUGACAGACCAUUUAAAUUCAACUAGGAUGUCGAGCACGGGACUAUGCGCAACCGAUUUGCAAUUCCCAUUACCAAGGAACACUUCCUUAUGGAAGGCAGUCAAUGAAGCAGAAUGGGCGUCUGCGGCUACAGAGAAUGUCUACCAUCACAGGCUGGAGGACACUUUGGAAGGCGAAUGGAUAUCAAGGUCGGCAAAUGUCUUGGAGCUACUAUGA